ACGUCAACGCGCUCAAUCGAAAACAGAACGCCGGCCGCGAGUGUUUUUCGGUCAAAAAUUCUCGGCAAUUAUUGAUAAAAAAUUGAUUUUUUCUCGGGAAAUGAACAUUUAAGAUUGUGAUUCAAAUUGCGAAAGUAAUAAACGACAAAGCUAGCAUACAAACCGGCACCGCGAAAUGUUCGCCAUAUGUAAGCAAACGCACGAAGCGUCGGCCGUCGAGUUCAGCGUUACCUGCCAUUUCUUCAACAACAAUGAAAAAUCCCUGGUCACCGGAGGGGCCAACACCCUGAAGGUGUACCGGCUGAUUCCGGAUGCCGACUCCUCGUCCAAGGACAAAUUCAGCACAAUCCGUCCCCCGACCAUGAAACUGGAGUGUAUGGCUUCGUACACCUUGUACGGGAACAUUAUGUCCCUGCAGUCGGUUUCGCUGGCCGGGUCCCAACGGGACGCCCUGCUUAUCAGCUUUCAGGACGCCAAGCUAUCUGUGGUCCAAUUCGAUCCGGACAACUUCGAGCUGAAAACGCUAUCGCUGCAUUGCUACGAGGAGGAUGAUAUUAAGGGUGGCUGGACCGGCCACUAUCAUACGCCCAUCGUUCGCGUCGAUCCGGACAACCGAUGUGCCGUCAUGUUGAUCUACGGCCGAAAGCUGGUGGUGUUGCCCUUCCGGAAGGAUAGUUCUCUGGACGAAAUCGAAGUUCAGGACGUCAAGCCCAUGAAAAAAGCCCCUACCCAGCUUAUUGCUAAGACUCCCAUUUUGGCGUCCUACAUUAUCGAGCUGAAGGAGUCGGAGGAACGAAUCGAUAAUGUUAUCGACAUCCAGUUCCUGCACGGAUACUACGAACCGACUCUGCUGAUUCUUUACGAACCGGUUAAAACUUUUCCCGGACGCAUUGCGGUCCGUUCCGAUACCUGCAUGAUGGUGGCCCUGUCGCUGAACAUACAACAGCGAGUCCAUCCUGUCAUCUGGACCGUUAACAGUUUACCGUUCGAUUGUUUGCAGGCGAUCGCCAUCAGCAAACCCAUCGGCGGUUGUUUGAUCCUGAGCGCCAAUGCACUGAUCUACUUGAACCAGAGUGUGCCACCGUACGGGGUCAGUUUGAAUAGUACCGCUGAUCAUUGCACCAAUUUUCCACUCAAACCCCAGGAUGGGGUGAAGGUGAGCCUGGAUGCGGCCCAGGUUUGCUUUAUCGAGGCGGAGAAAAUGGUCCUUUCGCUCAAGGGAGGGGAGCUGUACGUGCUGACGCUGUGUGCCGAUUCUAUGAGAAGUGUGCGCAGUUUCCAUUUCAGCAAGGCGGCCGCCAGUGUGUUGACCAGUUGUAUUUGCGUCGUCGAGGAGGAGUACCUGUUCCUCGGUUCCCGGCUCGGUAACUCGCUGCUGUUGCGGUUCAAGGAAAAGGACGAAAGCAUGGUGAUCACCAUCGACGAUAACGAUCCGGUGGUGGAAAAGGAACCGAAACGGAUGCGGCUGGAGGAGGAAGAGCUGGAGGUGUACGGAACCGGUCAGAAGACUUCGGUCCAGCUGACUAGCUACAUUUUCGAGGUUUGUGACAGUAUUUUGAACAUCGGUCCCAUAGGGCAUAUGGCGAUUGGGGAAAGGGCUGUCGAGGAGGAGCAGGAUGAGAAUUCGGACGUGAAAUUUGUUCCGAAUCGGUUGGACUUGGAGGUGGUAACGAGCAGUGGGCAUGGGAAGAACGGAGCUCUGUGUGUGCUGCAGAACUCGAUCAAACCACAGGUUAUCACAAGUUUCGGUUUGUCUGGGUGUUUGGAUGUUUGGACCGUUUUAGGCGAUAAGGGUGACGAAACCCAUUCGUUCAUGAUACUUUCACAGGAAGCAGGGACGAUGGUUUUGCAAACAGGCGAUGAGAUCAAUGAAAUUGAAAAGACGGGAUUUGCUACCAAUGUUCCGACGAUCCACGUUGGGAAUAUCGGAGGGAAUCGUUUUAUCGUUCAAGUUACGACAAAGUCUAUUCGAUUGCUGCAGGGUACGAGAUUGUUGCAGAACAUUCCGAUUGAUUUGGGCUGUCCUCUGGCGGCCGUUUCGAUUGCGGAUCCUUACAUUUGUGUGCGAUCGUCUGAGGGUAAGGUUAUUACCUUGGCACUUCGUGAGGGUAAGGGAACGCCUCGUUUGGCUGUUAACAAAAAUACUAUCAGCGCUACCCCGGCCGUAGUCGCGGUAAGCAUCUACAAAGAUGUGUCCGGUAUGUUCACUACCAAGUAUGAGGACUUCUCGGACAUCAACAAGGGUGGUCCAUCAUCCUAUUGCAGUGGUUUCGGUUAUAUGAAGCCGGAACCGCAUAUGAAAAUUGAAGACGAGGAAGAUUUACUGUAUGGCGAAAAGGGCCGAUCGUUUAAGAUGACGUCAAUGGCCGACAUGGCAGCAAUCGAGACAAAAAAGAAGAAUACAGAUUUCUGGCGAAAGUUCAUGCAACCGGUCAAACCUACUUUUUGGUUGUUCGCUGUAAGAGAUAACGGUAACUUGGAGAUCUACUCCAUGCCAGAUCUAAAACUCGUGUAUCUUGCAACGAAUAUCGGUAACGGUAGCAAAGUUCUGUCUGAUUCGAUGGAAUUCGUACCGUUACCGGUGGGACAAGCUAAUGUUGAUGCCGAUGUAUCUGCCGGUACCUUUACGAGCCCCUAUGGUUUCAAUGCCAAUCUUCUGCCGAAGGAAAUUUUGAUGGUUGGUCUAGGACAUCAGGGAAGUCGACCGAUGCUUUUCGUAAGGUUGGAAAAUGAUCUAUUGGUUUAUCGCGUGUAUCGUUACGCCAAAGGCCAUCUGAAGCUACGCUUCAAGCGUAUUCCAAGUGGUGUAACUGGUCCCAUAUUCAAGCCAUCCCAGCGUCAAGCGGCCCCUACGGAUCAGGAAGGAGAACAGCAGGACGAGCGAUCAACUAAGAUUUUGUACGAAAACAUUUCGAUGAUUCGACAUUUCUCGAACGUUUCCGGCUACAGUGGUGUAGCUGUUUGUGGAGAAAGACCUUACUUCCUGAUUCUGACCUCUAGAGGCGAGCUGCGAUCCCAUAAGUUAUACGCCAAAACCAUUGUGAAAGCAUUCGCUUCGUUCAACAACAUCAACUGUCCUAACGGGUUCGUUUACUUUGACGAACGUUACGAGUUGAAGAUCGCUGUAUUCCCCGGAUAUCUUUCGUACGAUUCCAUUUGGCCAGUUCGUAAAAUUCCGCUGCGUAGUUCUCCAAAACAAAUAGUCUACCACAAAGAGAACAAGGUUUAUUGUGUAGUUAUGGACGCCGAAGAGGUUUGCAACAAAUACUACAGAUUCAACGGAGAGGACAAAGAACUAACGGAAGAAAACAAGGGUGAACGUUUCCUUUACCCAAUGAGUCACAAAUAUUCCGUUGUCCUAGUUACUCCGACAGCCUGGGAAAUUAUUCCCGAAACGUCGAUCAAUCUUGACGAAUGGGAACAGGUGAUUGCUUUGAAAAAUGUCAGUCUGUCGUACGAAGGAGCUCGAUCGGGUUUGAAGGAAUACAUCGCCGUCGGAACGAACUUCAACUACAGCGAAGAUAUCACUUCGCGAGGACGCCUUCUGCUAUACGACAUUAUCGAAGUCGUACCGGAACCCGGAAAACCUUUGACCCGCUACAAGUUCAAAGAAGUUAUCAUCAAGGAACAGAAAGGCCCAGUUUCGGCAAUCACUCACGUUUCUGGCCUACUCGUAGGUUCCGUAGGUCAAAAAGUUUACCUUUGGCAACUAAAAAACGACGACCUGGUCGGGGUGGCCUUUAUCGACACCAACAUCUACGUCCACCAGUUGAUUUCCAUCAAAUCUCUCAUUCUCGUGGCUGACGUCUACAAAUCCGUCAGUCUUCUUCGCUUCCAAGAAGAAUUCCGCACACUCUCCCUAGUUUCACGGGACUACCAGAUGCUCAACGUUUACAAUAUCGAAUACGUAGUCGAUAACUACAACCUAGGCUUCAUGGUUACCGAUGAACAGUGUAACAUCAUCAUCUACAUGUAUCAGCCCGAGUCCCGCGAAUCAUACGGGGGUCAACGGUUGCUCCGCAAAUGCGACUAUCACCUUGGGCAGCGCGUAAACACCAUGUUCCGGGUUCAGUGCGAUUUCCACGAAGUCGAUUCGAUGCGCCGUAAUCUCAACUACGACUACAAACAAACCACCUUCUACGCUACCCUAGACGGAGGAUUCGGCUUCGUUCAACCACUGCCGGAGAAAACCUACCGUAGACUCUUUACGUUGCAAAACGUGCUGAUGACACACAGUCCUCAUCUGUGCGGGUUGAAUCCGAAGUCCUGGCGAACGAUCAAGAGCGUUCGGAAGGGUCUGAUUAAUCCCAGCCGCUGCAUUGUAGAUGGGGAUCUGGUGUGGAGCUUCCUCAAUCUACCGGCUAAUGAAAAGACAGAGGUUGCCAAAAAGAUUGGAACCCGGAUCGACGAAAUCUGUGCGGACUUGAUCGAGAUAUCACAUGUGACACAAGCUUUUUAAGAUCGGCUCGCUAACGGGGAAGUUGUAAAUCAUCGUACGAAUGUUAUACUGUGUAUAAUAAAAAAAUAAAGUAUUGAUAGAU